AUGAGCCUUGCUGAAUCUCCAACUCUAAAGAGGGGAGAGCGGUUUCCAAGAGGGAGCGACGUCGCCGACGAUAGCAGCUUUGACGAUUCUACUCCUCGAGCAGUCGAGGAGGCUGAUUCAGAUCCAAACAUGGACAAUGUAAAAGCUGCAAAGGCUAAGAAGCGGUCAUUGUUUGGAUUUGGCAAGAAGAAGGAGGACAGCUCUCUGACCUCUGGCUCUGACGCCAUUGCUACUCCGCCUGUUGCAUCGCAAGCAUCCAAAGCUUCGACAAACGCGUCAAGAAUCACCGCAUCGCCAACUCGGGUGCAUACCGGCGAGCAUUCUGUCUUCAUUCAUCCGUCGUCACCAACUCGUGCUAUCUCUAGUUCACCUCGGGUAUCAUCUCCGGCAGGUUCCCAGAUUUUCGAGAGAGAUGUUCAAGACAGCACUGUGUUAAAACCCAACUCCCCUGCUAUACCGACUCACAUUCAAACCGAAAACUAUAUCCCACCAGUGCUCGACGAUGCCUCCGAGGCAAUCACCAACGAGAAACUGGAUCCCGAUACGGUGGAAAUUGUCACACACUCGUCACACCAACCUGCCUCGGUUACAGUCACGGGUGCCACGGGGGGAGCGACCUCACCGUAUGACCAAAUGGCUUCUGAAUGGGCGGCUGAGCUAGCUUCGUUUGCCGACCGAGUCGGCCUCCCUCCGGACAGUGCGUCCAACUAUGGAUCCCUUGAGUCUGCCGACGUGCGCCGCCUGUCCUUCAUAUCCUUCGCAGAUGUCGUACAAGCGGAACAUGGCAACCAAGCUGGAGCUGCAGGGUCAAGAGACAGCAUUCACAUGGCGGGACUAACGUCGCUUCCUUCAGCUGCUAUGAAUCGAUCACCAUCACCUAUUCGCUCACCCGUGUCAAGUCAAGGACAAGGGACGAGUCCUCCAACGAGUAACCCAGGAAGCAUGAAGGGAGUUGAGAUGAGUCCGACUCGAAAGCCAUUCGGCAGUCCCAAACCCGGCCUGCAAAACCUGGCGGCCCCAGGCGGCGACCUCAAUAUCGAAACAAUGCGACAAGCUCUAAGGCGAACCGGCAGCACCGAUCUUAGCAGUUUUAGAAGCAAUCCAACCAGCCCUGUCGAUGGACCAGGAUCUCGAUAA